GCAAUCAUGAGUAAGGUCAGUGGAUCGGCCCUUUAUCGCCUGGUGCCCUCAAAAACCCUCUUCAUGCUCUGUGACGUCCAGGAGAAGUUCAAACCGGCUAUACCGCUGCUGAGUUCGCUCAUCGAGAACACUGCUAAACUGCUUGCAGCCGGCAAGGUCUUCCAAGUGCCUCUGCUGGUCACCGAGCAGUAUCCAGAGAAACUGGGCAAGACCGUCUGCGAAUUGGAUAUUGAACACGCCUGUGCCAAUGUGGCCAAGACCAGGUUCUCCAUGAUAGUGGAAGCUGUCCGGAAGAAUAUGACUGAUAUCUUUGGUGGCAAUCCCAAGACGGUGGUGUUAUUUGGUUUGGAGACCCACGUCUGCGUGGAACAGACGGCCUUCGACCUGGUAAACGACAAGAUAGAUGUCUGGCUGGUGGCCGAUUGCUGUGCCUCGCGUCUCAAUCAGGACAGGGAUUUGGCCCUGGAGCGAUUGCGCCACAUAGGGUGCACUAUUUCCACCUCCGAGAGUGUAAUCUUCAACUUGCUGCAGGACAAGGAUAACAAAUCCUUCAAAGAGAUAGCUCCUCUAGUGAAGAAGGUCUCCGCAGACAUGCAGCUCUGACCGACCCUUGCGGCUCUUUUCAUGUGUUUCUGUGUUGUAAACUAUACU